AUGGAUGAAGUGAUGUGCCACGAUUCCAUGACCAUGACGGACAGUUGCCACCCAAAAAGCACAGGCUGCCCAGUCACAUGUGCAGCAGGUGAACAUGUGUGUCACACCCCUCCGGCUUGCGAGACGUGUGAUGGCAUGAACUGGUGCUCUUCUGGCACUUGUCCGGUGUAUUGUGCCAUGGAUGAGGUGAUGUGCCACGACUCCAUGACGAUGACCGACAGCUGUCACCCAAAAAGCACAGGCUGCCCCGUCACGUGUGCAGCAGGUGAACAUGUCUGCCACAGCCCGCCACCCUGCGAGACUUGCGAUGGGUACAGCUGGUGCUCUUCUAUGACCUGUCCUAUCACGUGUGGCAUGAACGAAGUGCUGUGCCAUGAUGCUGCUACCAUGACAGACACCUGCCAUCCAAUGAGCACUGGCUGCCCGGUGUGA